AUGCGUGAGAGGGCUUUGUUGGUUGACGCGUCCGCGGGAAAGACGAGAACGCUUUGCCGAUCCCCUCGGCAACGACGCAGACGCGAAAGCCAUCGUCAAAGGGUACGCCAUUGUCAACGCGCCAUCGUCAACGCGGACGCCAUCGUCAACGCGGACGCCAUCGUCAACGCGGACGCCAUCGUCAACGCGGACGCCAUCGUCAACGCGGACGCCAUCGUCAACGCGGACGCCAUCGUCAACGCGGACGCCAUCGUCAACGCGGACGCCAUCGUCAACGCGGACGCCAUCGUCAACGCGGACGCCAUCGUCAACGCGGACGCCAUCGUCAACGCGGACGCCAUCGUCAACGCGGACGCCAUCGUCAACGCGGACGCCAUCGUCAACGCGGACGCCAUCGUCAACGCGGACGCCAUCGUCAACGCGGACGCCAUCGUCAACGCGGACGCCAUCGUCAACGCGGACGCCAUCGUCAACGCGGACGCCAUCGUCAACGCGGACGCCAUCGUCAACGCGGACGCCAUCGUCAACGCGGACGCCAUCGUCAACGCGGACGCCAUCGUCAACGCGGACGCCAUCGUCAACGCGGACGCCAUCGUCAACGCGGACGCCAUCGUCAACGCGGACGCCAUCGUCAACGCGGACGCCAUCGUCAACGCGGACGCCAUCGUCAACGCGGACGCCAUCGUCAACGCGGACGCCAUCGUCAACGCGGACGCCAUCGUCAACGCGGACGCCAUCGUCAACGCGGACGCCAUCGUCAAAGGGUACACCAUUGUCAAAGGGUACGUUAUCGUCAACGCGGACGCCAAAUUUAUCAAAUAUGCAAGCGGUUGA